AUGAGCUUAGAUCGCCAGGAUGCUGUUCAGAAAGAGGAGUUGGAGGGUGCAGCAAAGCCUGCCUUGCACAACCUGUCCAAAUUUCCCACUGGUACAAAUCCAGCCAAGCAGGAGCUAAUUACUGAGCAAACCCCCUCGAUGCUGGUUCGUGUUAGAAGGAACCUCGCCGAACCGGUGGUGGCUGCAUUUAUGGCUGGUGGAGUGGCUGGUGCAGUUUCCAGGACCAUAGUGUCACCACUCGAACGAUUGAAAAUUCUUCUUCAAGUUCAAAGUGUCGGUCGAACAGAAUACAGAUUGUCAAUCUGGAAAGCCUUGGUGAAGAUGGGGCGGGAAGAAGGCUGGCGGGGCUUCAUGAGAGGAAAUGGAACAAACUGUAUUCGCAUUAUCCCCUACUCUGCGGUACAAUUUGGGAGCUAUAAUUUUUACAAGCAAUUUGUAGAGUCUCCCGAUGGUGAAAUGACCCCGAUGCGUCGCCUUGUUUGUGGGGGUAUUGCCGGCAUCACCUCGGUGACUAUCACCUAUCCUCUGGACAUUGUCCGGACCCGACUUUCUAUUCAAUCUGCUUCAUUUGCCGAUCUUGGAGCAAGAGAUCCAAGCCAAAAACUGCCAGGCAUGUUCACCACAAUGGCCAUGAUCUACAAAAAUGAAGGUGGGACAAAGGCUUUAUAUCGUGGAAUUGCUCCUACUGUUGCUGGAGUGGCACCAUAUGUGGGACUCAAUUUUAUGACCUACGAAUCGGUGCGCAAGUAUCUAACACCGGAAGGGGACAAAAACCCUAGCUCCUAUCGAAAACUACUGGCUGGCGCGAUCUCUGGAGCAGUCGCCCAGACCUGUACCUAUCCUUUUGAUGUACUACGUCGGCGGUUCCAGAUCAACACAAUGUCGGGAAUGGGUUACCAAUACACCUCGAUCUGGGAUGCUGUUAGGGUCAUCGUGGCUGAAGAGGGACUUCGUGGACUCUUCAAGGGGAUAGGGCCGAAUCUUUUGAAAGUUGCUCCUAGUAUGGCCAGUAGCUGGUUGAGCUUUGAGAUGACUCGUGAUUUCUUUGUCCGUUUGGAUGAUAGAGAAUAG